UGGCUGGGGAGGAGGUGUAGGGAGGGGCAAGGAGGAGGUGUAGAGAGAGUAUUGUUCAAGAUGAUUUGCAGGACGGGAAGUCGGUCACAGAGCUCGUUGGUAAUGCCCACUGCAAUGCAGGCAGAUCAGCUAGAUCUUGUCGAUUAUGCGACCAAGAGGAAGGAGGCCCUUGCGCGGGCGGAGGCUCUUCGCGAGCAGAAGAAGCAUGAGUUGGAGCAGAGAGGUCUGCAAGUUAGGAAGUACAGCUGGGGAGGUGUUCCAACAGGCUUCCACAGUGUGAACCACACAUGGAGUAGCCCAGAGGAAGAUCCCCGCGUUCUUUUGGGAGAAGAUAAUCAGAGGUUGUCCCUCUCGCCGUCGGGGGGAAGAACGCCCAGGCAGCGCCGCAAACCCUUGCUCGAUACAAAUAUUGAUGGAGCCUCCCUGAUGCCGAGGAGCCCGAGGAACAGAGAAAGCGAGCUGUCAUCUCAUUCCUCGGUUAAUGAACAGGAUGGGCUAUCUGAAUCGGGCGGCAAGGUACGUUGUUUGGCCUGUCAGUGCAAGCACUCCGCAUCUGUGUCGUGUGACGCAAAGGCUACCUCCUCCUCCACACAAGACCAUGCAUUGUCGUCGCUCACACGGGCCAAGGCUGCUGCCCAAGCUGUGUCGGAGGAGACAUCCCGCCGACUGUCUUCGGAAACAAUCACAUCCUCCCUCUCUGACGGCCCGUCGGCCACUUCCUUUCAAUAUUUGCCAGGUGGCGAAGGAGUCAUGCCAAAAUUGGAUGUGAUUCAAGCCGUUCGACCUUCCAAUGCCAUGCGCAAGCACGAGGCUCAGCCUGGUGAUGAUGCUCGGUCACUAAUCACCAACGUAGAGCCUCUAGGUGAACAUGUCAAAGGCAAGGGCUCACUAGAGAUGACAGGCAGUUCUGCGAACACUACCUGCCAAGGCAGUGGCUCUGCAGUGCCACACAGUUCUCAAACCCGGGAGGUGAAAGGCGGCACCACAAAGAAGACGAUUGCGAGAGCCUUGAUGCCAUCCUCUGCAGACGUUUAUGGAUCUCUUGCUGAAGACAAAGGCGCGACUGCCGCCCCAGAGGACCAUUCAUUGGCUGCAGGUAGCUUCGCCACUGUUGCGAACGAUUGUGCUCGGAGUAACGGUGGGACUAGUGCGCACCAGAAGGAGAUCAAGCGAAAGGGGGACAGUGGAAGUGUCGGGGGAGACAAGCAGAGGCGCCACAGUGAGGCAGCGAAUCUUGAUGGGCAACGUAGAAGGGACUCAACUGCUAAGAAGAGCACUGUGGAAGCCCUAAAGAAGGGUGUCGGCGUUCCAACGUUGGAGCAUACAUGGUCCCCUGCACCCGGCGGAAUGCCGAAUGGAUCCAACGAGAGGGGGGUUCUGAGUAACGCUCAAGCAGAGAACGUCCUUGUUGAAGAUCCAAGGAGUAUGUCAAGCAAACCAGCGGAGAAGGUCAAACAGGAUCGGUACCCUCCUGAGGCACUGAUGACGACAGGGAGGGACUUUCAGAGAGGGAGGGAGGGUCUGCCUAAACAAGUGCCGAGGGAAGUGCCAGGGCGAAGGCACACCAUCGCUGGAGCAGUGAUUGGACAUGGAAGCGAGAGGCAAAUGGAGGACGCGUACGUGAUGGAGAGAGUUCCAGACAACUUCCUGAUGGGAGGGACGGCAAAGAAUGUGGAAAGCGAGAACAACUGCAAGAAGAAUGAGGAGGGAAGAUCGCGACUCCCUGUGAGCAUGGAGAUGGCAAUGCAUGAUGCGGGACACCUUUUGCCGCAGAGAAUCCAUGCAGAUAUUGUUGCCAAGCACCAAGGAAAAGAGGAGGGCAUGCAAUCUCAUAAGAGAGUCGGGUCUGAGCUGACGAAUGACCGACAUGGGGGAGGGAAGCCUGGAGUGGAGGGUGGCGGCGCACCAGGUGGUCAAGGAGGGAGUGAGAGAGGAAGGUUGCUUGUGGACAAGGCGAAGGUGAGUGCAUCGGAGGGGAUGAUGAAGGCAGGAAUGGAGAAGUUCGAUGUGAAGGGUCGUGGUAGUGCAACUGAGGGAGUCAGCGGGAGAAAGCUGCAGCCGGAGAAGGGUGAUCCCGUCCGGAAGGGGGCGGCCGGUUCUGUCGGCGGAGGAAGUAAUGAUGAGGGUGCAAAGAAAGGCGGCAAGAAGCUGGAGCAGCCAAAGAAGCUUCAAGAGGCAGAAAUGGAAUCUAGAAAGCACCCGCAAUCCGCAAAGACGGAGAUUGUGAAGAAACCUGUUCUCAGCGAAGUGCUAGGGAAGAAAAGAGGUAGCAACGGACUCAUUGCGGACGCGAGUCUGGAGAAGUUAGGGAAUGGGCCAGCUGUGGCCUCAGGAGCAGCAGUGCCAGCUGUACAGCCCACUGACAAGAAGAAAGUCCUCCAAUCCAGUGAGUCGCUCUUGGAAAAGAGAGGUAACAAUGGCCUUGUUGGGCAUGGGGGGGGUGUUGCAGAUCGGCUGCGGAAAGGUAUGGUCGUGGAAAUGAGGAAAGAACCACAUCAGGAUGGAAGUCUUUCAAAGAAGAAAGGAAGUAGCAAUGGUCUUCUGGUGGCGGAAGGGAAUAUAGAGAAAGCUGCUGAGAUGAGGCCAGGCAUGAUGAUUGAUGAGUCUCACAGCAGAGAGACUUGUGAUGGCAUGGAGCCAAAUGCCCGUCCCUUCGACAAGGAUCAUCCUGAGAACGAAAGAAUUGGGAACGAUUGCGGAGCAGAGAAGCAGUUCGAUCCCUACGUAGAGGGAAGUAGUCUAUGGGAAUCGAGCAUUAGUGUUGGUGUGUCGGGCGUUUCCGACAGUGCAGCACAGGAGAAAAACGAGGAAAAGAAGUCCAGACGGGCUUCCGUUGUGGGUAGAAGCGAGGGGAAGCGGGAGACGUCGAGGAAACACAACGCUGUAGCAAGGCACGGAAUGAGCAAGGCGUCUUCUCUCCGGCAAGCAUUUAAGACAAGCAGGAGAGACCCAUAUGAGGUGCAACCGCAUCCCAUUGUGGAGGAGCAACAGCAGCGCACAAUUGUAGAGGAGCCGGCAAGUCCGCCGGAAGCUGAAAGUGUAGAGGAGACUGCCACGGUUGCGUCGUUUGCAUUCGACGACGGUUCUCGCGGCGAUAGUGCUGCCGUCGAGGGUCCGAAAAGUGAGGGCGCAGGCAGGGUUGAAGUGGAGAAGGGUCUUGGCAGUGACCAGCAGAGAACCGGAAAGAGGUCAUCGACGGAGAAAGCGGUGGUAGUGAAGAGACUGGGGACAGAAGUGGCAGGGGAGCAUGUGAAGUCUGGUUCAGUAGAGAGAUCCACGCUUACCAACCGGGCAGUUGGUUCGGGGAAGCUGUCCCGCGUCAAGAUGGGUCGUGUUUCUAACAAGUCGUCGUCCCAGCCUACGGCAGGUAGAGCAGGUGCCCGCGAAGCGGCCACGAAAGAUGCUGCAGCAGCCCGUGUUCCGGGUCCGAAGCUCCCCAGUGCAGCGUCACAGAAGACCAAGGAUACCUCACCUGCGGAGGAGGCCAACAACAGGUUGUCUGCUCCGGAGGGUACAAAGCACAACCACCACGGCAACAACAACGUGAAGAAGAGGGGUGACCUCACCAAGAAAGGUCAUGACAACGCUCAAGGUCCUUCCACCACAACUGAUCCAGGUUUUCUGACACGACACUGACUCAACUGAUACGUGAAUGAACCGAACGAUGAUGUGGGACGAUUGGGCUAUUAUCCUCAUCCAUGGUAUCGGAAGGCUACCCUAGUCAUAUAGUUGUGGCGAGGACUUUGGGGAGUGAAGGGCACACCACAGGGAGGGAGGGAGGUUGCCCUUGCGUCCCAAUUGCCGAUCACCGUUCCGCUAUUGGUCUCCAGUAAUGCAGCAGAAAUUAAGCCUUCAUCGGCAGGCACGGAAGCCCAGUUUAAAAGCAGUCAGGCAGCGAAGGGGUGAUCCUUCACGGUGUUUUGCUGCAACAGUACUCUGACAAGGGGUCCCGGCACCAACGAGUUGAUGACUUGGUUCUCGUGAGACGGGUAGGUCACCAGCAUCCAUCCAUAUUCAACGACGCCACUAUUUGUGUGUACAGGUGUCAGGGCCACCAACCCAUAUGCUGUCGUCCUUUUUGUGGGUGCUGAGAACUUGGCUGCGGCGCCAAGUUGCCCCAMCCCCCGCCGUUGCAAUGCUCAUAUCUGUGGUUAAAGACUGGGUGCGGAAGCAGAGCUUCCACCUGCUGCUGCGCUGCCGGCUGCAAUCGCUGCGCUAGCAAUGAAGGCAGGCAGACUGGUUGCGAUGUCCACGGUCACCCUUGGGUUAUGGGUGAGUUGUUGCUGUCCAUUUUGUGGUGGCGAGGGUGAACACUGAGUAGUUGAGUGUGGCACAAAGCGAUGCAAUGCUUCUUUGUGGAGAGGAAGCUGCGCGCGGGCGCACUUGAGCGGCAAACAUUGUGGCAACAUUUUCAUGGGGGAGGCUGGGUGAAGAAGACUGGUUGGAAAUGCCAGAAGGGGCGCGCGGAACUGGCUUUUCGGUUAUGGGCUAACUGUUUUUUUCAUGGCGACGGAGGCCUGGGUUCAAAUCCCGGAGCUGUCGAAUAAGGUGGGUGGGAUGGUAAUUGGGUAGUGGAGAAGAUGGCCAGGCAUCGUGCACGUAGCUGGAUUUUUGGCACAAGGCGCAAAAAACAUAGAGGGGGAGCAACGCCGUCAAUAACGCCUUUCCUAUUUUAGCAAGCGGGCAAGGCAAGGUUGGUAGUGGCCAUGGGAGUUUGGGCUGUGAUCAGAUCAGCACCUGCAUCUGACUGUAUUCCUGGAGGGACCUAGCCUUGGCAGUGCCCGGCGCCAUUUACGGGAAUUCGUUUGCCGGUGUAACACCUAGCCUUGUAAAUUCUGUUCGUUGGCGUUCUCGUGAUGUUCUGUGCUUGCACAAGCUCGCGUCGCUUCUUUGCCGUGCAGGGUGGCGUGACGUUCGAGCCCUAGUUCUCCUGUCAGUGCCCUCUCCAGGGUGUUGUCUGUCCGUCAUAGGACCUGGGCACACCGCAUGCUAUUCCGACCACAGCCAGCAGUUUGGUUCUCUCGAAGGUGGCGAAGGUUCACGGCAAAGUAGAACAGAAUAGCAUGCAGUGUGUCGGGACCUCUUUAUUCGUAUGUCUGAAGUGGGUGGGGUAGUAUGUACGAAAGUAGCUAGCAAGAAAUGUAUCGCAUGGUCGGCAUUCUCUUUUUGUGGGGUAAAUGUGGCCUUGUUGAAAAGGUGGGGCUGGGUUGGUUGUAGAGUUGUUUUUGGUGCUUAUUUCUUGCGUGAGGGGUUGCAACGACUGGCAAGCCUUUUCGUUCCGUCAUUGCUAUUAUAACUUUUUUUCAUUGCAUGUCACUCACUGUUGGGGUUCCCACUGCGCUGCUUCUGUGUGUGCUGAUGCUAAGGGACCGGUUUUGUGGUUCCAUCUUCCCAAGGGGAGUGGCACAGUGCCACAUCACACAUUUGUGGAAUCAUUGCCCAGUAGAAACAGGAUAUAUACAUAAAGAUGUAAUAAGCAAAUACCCGCGCAUUCUUUUUGUGCAGAUAUUUGCCGCUUAUUUGUACUUUCGGUCUUUCUUCUUUUCUCUUGAUUUGCGCCAUUGCGUUCUUUCCGGUGAUAUGUUUGCUUUCCAUUUAUUCUAUCUAUGAAGUUUUUUGCGAUUCGUAUUUCGAAG